AUGGACAAAUCCACCCGCAUCAUCAUCAUCGGCGCCGGCGUCUUCGGCCUCUCCACAGCCCUCGACCUCGCCACCACCGGCUUCACAAACAUCACAGUUCUCGACCGCUGCAUGCCCCCGGUCCCCGACGGCUCCAGCAACGACAUCUCGCGCGUCAUCCGCUUCGACUACGGCGACAAGGUCUACGCGCAGCUCGGCAAGGAAGCCUACGACCUCUGGAACACCCCGGCCUACGCAGACUCCUUCCACCAGGGCCCGUGCGUGUGGACGUCGCAGAAGAAAGGCGGGCUAGCAGGCGGGUCGGACUUCAUCCGGCGCACGAAGAACAUCCUCGAUGAUCUAGGCCUGGAGUGGCAUGAUCUGCCUCAUGUGGACGCGCUAAAGCAGCGCUUUCCGGCCGUAGCGGGCCGCCCCAUCGGCGAGGAGUUCGAGGGGUUCUAUAACAACGCCGCCGGGUGGGCAGACGCAGGCGUCGCGAUCGCAGGCCUGCGAGACCGCUGCAUCGAAGCGGGUGUGUCGUUCGUCACAGGGCCACACGGCCACGUCUCGUACCUGGAGCACGGGAAGGAAGACAGCGGCGAGAUCAAAAUCACAGCAGCCCGCACCCUCGACGGCGGCCGCAUCCCCGGCGACAAAUUCAUCCUGGCAACGGGCGCCUGGACAGCCAGCCUGAUCCCAUCGUGGAACUCGAUGGUGGCGACCGCGCAGAUCGUGGGCUUCGUGCGCCUCACGCCGUCCGAGGUACAGGCGCUCAAGGACCUGCCUAUCAUCUUCAACCUGUCGACCGGCUUCUUCUCUUUCCCGCCGCAUGAGAAGAGCGGGUACCUGAAGGUUGCGUGCCAUAGCUUCGGGUACACGCUGUCCAGCGAGUCGGUCAACAAGUCUGUUUCCGCACCGCCCAGCCGCGCGAUCCCUGCCCGUGCGAACUUCAUCCCGCAAGAAGGCAUGGAGCGGCUGAGCGCUGGACUGAGGGAGAUCCUCCCCGAGAUCGCGGAGCGCGGGUUCGAGAAGACCUGUCUGUGUUGGUACAACGAGACGCCGACGGGCGACUUCAUCUUCGACUUCCACCCCGAGUAUCAGAACCUGUUUGUUGCGACGGGGGGGACGGGACACGCCUUCAAAUUCCUCCCCGUGAUCGGGAAAUACAUCGGCUCGGCGUUCCAGCGCACGCUGUCGCCCGAACUCACGGCCAAGUGGAAGUUCCACACCGAGUACCGCGACCAGCCGCGCGAGAAGCUGUUCACGGGGAGCAACAGUCGCAAUGGCGGGGAUGGGAGUCGGGGCGGGCCGGAUCGACGGGAGUUUAGUGCGCAGGAGAGGGAUCGGUUGCUUGGGUUGACGGAUGCGUUGGCGACGAGGAGGGCGAGGAUUUAG